GAGUCUAAUUUCAGUCCUGCCACGUGGGUGACCUUCACUGAACCUGAGGCGGGCCCUUGUGGCACCUGUCCCGGCUGGGAGAGGCGGGAGGGAAGGAGCUCAGCUGGGUGCUCCUGCCUGCCUGCUUGGGAACUACUCUGGCUGGUGGCGACGGCUGGGAGUCGCCGGCAGGACCUGCCCAGUGCGCUGCGCGCCGGCACUGCCCUGCUCUUUUUUAUCGCCUCAGUGCGUGGUGCGCACGCCCUGCCGCUGGGGAUGAAGAAGCGCCUCGUGAAGCGAGGGUGAGCGGGAGACGAAGGGAGCCGCCAGCCAGCCAGCCAGCCAGCCGCCUGGCAGUGGCCCUGCGGGGACCCCAGAUCCGAAAGACCGGGGAGAAGGUGCGGGGGGUGGGGAGGGGCGAAGCAGGUGCCUGCCCUGCCCUGCCCUGCCUUGCCUUGCCUUGCCUCUCAGCAGCGUGACGCCCGUCGUCUCUCCCUGAGGGCAGGACGGACCCCCACCACCAUGCGCACAGGGUGAGCUGUCCUGUCCUUGCCGGCACUUUCCCCAGCAGAGCUGGCGCUGGGCAAGGUAGAAGCGGCCCCCAUGAGUGCUUGUUGGGGCCCCUAUUGGGCCCUGCGGCUCUGGCCCUUGCUGUUCCUACUCGCUGGGCUCCUGCAGCCCGGCGUCGUUUCGGCUCUUUCCGAAGCGGGACUGCCCGAGCAGGCAGCAAUGAUGGGCAUCAGCCCCAGCAGCCUGGAGACUCCGCAGCAGGCUCCAAGUGGGACCCCCUUCGAGGAGACCCGGCUGCACGUCUUCACCUUGGAUUACCCCCACGUGCAAAUCCCUUUCGAGAUCACCCUCUGGAUCCUGCUGGCUUCGUUAGCCAAGAUCGGGUUUCAUCUCUACCACAAGUUGCCCCACAUAGUGCCAGAGAGCUGCCUCCUGAUUCUGGUUGGAUUACUUCUCGGUGGAAUUAUGUUUGGAGUUCAGGAAAAAUCUCCACCAGUUAUGAAGAGUGAUGUCUUUUUCUUGUAUCUUCUUCCUCCAAUUGUCCUUGAUGCUGGCUAUUUUAUGCCCACACGCCUCUUCUUUGAGAACAUUGGCACUAUCUUCUGGUAUGCAGUUAUGGGGACGCUUUGGAAUUCAUUUGGGAUUGGCAUAUCCCUCUUUGCGAUCUGCCAGAUUGAAGUCUUUGGAUUGAGCGAUAUCACUCUACUGCAAAGCCUGCUUUUUGGUAGCUUGAUUUCAGCUGUGGAUCCCGUGGCAGUGCUGGCGGUCUUUGAAAAUAUUCAUGUCGAUGAACAGCUGUACAUCCUUGUUUUUGGCGAGUCCCUGCUAAAUGAUGCUGUAACAGUGGUCCUGUACAACUUGUUCAAGUCUUUCUGCCAAAUGCGUACAAUUGAGGCCAUUGACAUAUUUGCUGGAAUUGCUAAUUUCUUCGUGGUUGGAAUUGGUGGAGUUUUGAUAGGAAUCAUCUUGGGAUUUGUAGCAGCUUUCACUACUCGUUACACUCAUACGAUCCGAGUGAUUGAGCCACUAUUUGUCUUCUUAUACAGUUACCUGUCAUACAUAACAGCUGAAAUGUUUCAUCUCUCAGGCAUUAUGUCGAUUACAGCAUGUGCCAUGACUAUGAAUAAAUAUGUGGAGGAGAAUGUUUCUCAGAAGUCCUACACCACAAUAAAGUACUUCAUGAAGAUGCUGAGCAGUGUCAGCGAGACCCUUAUCUUUAUAUUCAUGGGAGUGUCCACAGUUGGAAAAAACCAUGAAUGGAACUGGGCCUUUGUUUGUUUCACGCUCCUGUUUUGUUUGAUCUGGCGUGCCCUUGGUGUUUUUGUAUUGACUCAGAUUAUUAACGUAUUCCGGACAAUUCCUAUAACAUUUAAGGACCAAUUUAUUAUUGCUUAUGGAGGCCUCCGAGGAGCCAUAUGCUUUUCUCUUGUUUUUCUGCUUCCUUCUGCUGUGUUUCCCAGAAAGAAGCUUUUCAUUACUGCUGCUAUUGUGGUGAUAUUCUUUACUGUCUUCAUUCAGGGGAUAACAAUUCGCCCAUUGGUGGAAUUUCUUGACGUUAAAAGGUCAAAUAAAAAGCAUCCAGCUGUCAGUGAGGAAAUUUACUGUCGGUUCUUUGAUCAUGUGAAGGCUGGCAUUGAAGAUGUGUGUGGACACUGGGGUCACAACUUUUGGAGAGAUAAGUUUAUAAAAUUGGAUAAGAAGUACCUGCGGAAACUUCUGAUUCGGGAAAACCAGCCCAAAUCAAGUAUAGUUUCUCUGUACAAGAAGCUUGAAAUAAAGCAUGCCAUUGAGAUGGUAGAGAGUGGGAUGAUAAGCACAGUACCAUCUCUAGCUUCUAUCAGUGAACAUGAAGAAGAAAACAUAAGUCCUUUUUCUCCUGGCGAGAUGGAUAAUAUACGAGAUAUAUUAACAAAGAACCUUUAUCAAAUACGACAGAGAAUUCCAACAUACAACAGAUAUAGUCUAGCUGAAGACGCAAAUGAAAAACAGGCCAAGGAAAUUCUAAUUCGUCGCCGACAUAGCCUGAGGGAGAGCCUCAGGAAGAGCAACAGCUUGUCACGACCGGUGGCUUCCAAAGCAGCACGAUACCUUUCACUACCUAAAAAUACUAAACUCCCUGAGAAAGUACAGAAAAGAAAUCAAUCCUCUUUCAAAGUAGGUGACGGCAGUGAUUUUGAAUGUGAUCAUACCACAGUGCUGAAUUUAAAAUCCCAAGCAGGAAAAAUUUUGCGAGACCAGAGACUUCGACAACAGCAGUGUAGAAUGGAAUGGAGGAAUGAGGUGGACAGGGAAAACAGGGAACCAGCAAGCCACUCUCCGGGAGCCAGGGGCUUCAGGCAGCCAUUGUUGCCCAGACCAACGUUUGGGACACUCAAUGAAGAAGAUUUGACUGAAGAUGACAAAUCAGCCAAGCCAGUGCCUCCACCUCGGGUAGCCCGAAAGGCGCCAGACACCGGAAGGCCUAGGGAUAACUCUGACAAUAAGCCAUGCUAAACACUACUAAAUGAAGCAAUUAACAAUCAUCAGCAGAUGUGGUAGACUAAUAUUCUAUAGACUAUAACUGGGCUGCCAGGUUCAUUUAAUGGCAUAUCCACUUAUGGGGGUGGUAAGGAAACGCUUCUUUAAAAUAAUGCUCUUUCACUUAAGAGAAAAGACUAUUUUAUUUUACAACAGUGAUAAAGCUUCUACAGUGGAGAGAAGUUUUAUAAAUUAUAUAGUGUAUUUUAAAAAAAUGUUUUAUGUAUUUGCCCAUGGCAGGUUUUAAAUAUGAGUUGCACUAAAAAAAAAAAAAAGGCACAAUGCACCUCUUUUUAAAGCACUUGCAAGAAACGUGAAUCCAUUCUCUGUAAGCAAUUCUGCUGAAGGGUGCCUGAUGCACUAAAACAUAGUUAAGCACUGCAACAUGUGUAACCGCAUUAAAGCAAGAAAAAGAAGUUGCAGUCGCUGAAAUGGCUUAAGCCAGCCCUGCACAAUGCAUUUCAAGCCAAAUGUGGUAUCGUGGCCUACCCGUGCUUGUCAACCCUUCCCCAUGUUUACAGUCAAAAAACAAGCAGCAACAAAACAGUAAAUUUAGCCAGCCUUUGAUGGACAGUCAUAACCGGGUGGUGGACUUGGCAGGUGACAAGCUAUGCAGACAUGUGUUCAACUCAUGGGGAUAAUGACUAUCGAGGCACAUUAGCCAAGUCAUCUACAGGAUUUGGGCAGAAUAGAAAUGCAUCUGCCAAACACCAUGCAAGUGAAGCAUUUCUAGAGUGCAACUAUAAUUGGUUUGGAUCAGAUAGAGAGCUGUUUGUUGGCAGAAGCAGGUAAAAUGCGUUGGGUUUGGUUUCAGCAUCCAACUUUUAAACUGAGGUACUGUUUCCAUAUAUGUUAAUAGCCCUGUUCAAACACUGAGGCUGCUCUCACGACCAGGCAAAAUAGGGCUAAGGGAGUCUAUCCCGGUUUCGCCUGGUCGUGUGCUGCAAUGGGAGCCACGCAGCUCCCAGCAGCAAGCCUCCCUAAAUGCCCCUCUUCUUAAAUGAGUUUAGCAGAGUGAGCGCUCCGCUAACCCCAUUGAUUGGAUUGUGUGUCGCCAUGCCAUGGCAGCUCACGAGGACACACCCAACUGGGAGCCUACAAGCCUCCCAGUGACGGGGGGCACCUCAGAAUGCCCCACACACUCACGAGGGGCAUUCUGGGACCUGGCCCCCGGUUCUCGCCGCCCCAACCAGCUCCGUGAUGGAGCCGAUAAUCAUGUGGGUGGCCGAUUUGGCCGCUCAGGCCGAGCUGCCUGCUCAUCUGUGGGGAGAGCGGGUUAAGCCCGCUCUCCCCGCAAACCCCUUCACAGAUCUGCACACUGCUUGUGCGGAGAGCCUUGUUAUGAUGUAUGUGCAUGCAUGUGUCUGUACACAUGUACAUGUUUUUGUGUGAAUGACUGUAUAGGCAUUCAUUUCAAAAGGGAACCUGAGUGCAGGCCCCCUGAAAUGCAGGGUCCAGACAGAAAAUGCACUACCGCACACGUGGUGAAUAUAAUGUGCAGAUAACUGCAUGCGCAUACACAUCUGUACAUGGCAUUUGUACACUGUGCACAGCUUGUACAUGCACUGAAUAUAAUGUGUUACUAGGUCCAUGGUCUUUGUUGCUUCUGAAGCCCAAAUUCCAAAGCUGUGUAAAUGUAAAUAUUAUGAUUUUAAAGCUUUUCACUCAAAUUAUGCUUCUUAGCACAAGAGAUAAACUGUACGGAUGUGUUGCUGCUUAUACAUUGUCAGGAAUUCUCAUGUCCUGAGGAUUUCUGCUCUUUGGACUAGACUGUUAAAUCUUGAAAGGAAGAAAAUUGUCUGUUUAUCUUUUUUGGAACUUUUAUCAUUUUUUAAACUCCUACUACAACUUUUUUGACUUUGCCACUAGUUUCAUAGAUCAGAUAUGGAUCCUACACUAUUGAAUAUUCUCCCUAAUAUGACAUUUUCAGUUCUGUUGCUGGAAAGGACGAAGUUGAAUUACUUAAUACUGGUAUCUGCUUGAUAAAUGAAGUCAUACUAGAGGUAUUUAGAUUGGCCAGAUUAAGUGCACAAAGGAUAUUGAAUUAUGAUACAUUAUUAUUUCAACUGACUUUGCUCAAACUGAAAUAGCAAUUGUAGUAUCUUUAUAUUUGAUGCUUUUGUUUCAUGCGGAAAUAGGAAUUUUUUUCUUGCAAGGUUCACAUUAUAGGGAGAUUGAAACUGCUGAAGAAAGCAAUGGUUAGCCCCUAGUGCCAUCUGUUGGGGAAAAAAUAUUCAUACACACACACAUCCAUUGGAAAAUAUAUAUUACGACGAGUACAAUGUUCUUCUUAUGCAGUGACUGAUGGUGGUAGUGUAUGUAUUGUGGACCAUUAACAGUCCUGUGAACCUAACUAUGUUUCUGGAGAAGGGUCCUGUGAUAAGCUUGAGAUAUACUGAGGGCAGUUUGCUUGGCAUUUCAAUACAUAAGAGGAAACAAAGCACACUGGCCAACACUUUAUGCAGCAAACCAUCAGGGUUAGGGACCUGCCGGGGCUGCUGUGCACAAUGGGGCAGCUACAGAACGAUUUAAAUCCAGUUCCAGACAGUUUUUCAGUGCUACUUCCAUUGUUAAGGAAAUACAUGCUACUUGGCAAGGUUCCACAGGACAAGUGCUCCAUAAGUGGCCUAGCACAUGGAUUGCAGCCAUCACUGGAAGAGUUCCACACCUUCACUAUACAACCCUGAAGUGGGUGGUAAUGGUGUAUGCCUCACCAUGAUGAAACUUUUGGUAGCAUCCUCUGUGUGGAAAGCUUAAUGUGAGACCAGCCCCUACUCAAACUGUAUUUCCAGUACAGCCCCGUGUACCAGGAUUUUGUCUGAGGGCACAUACAGCUUCCACCUUGCUGAAGCUAAGCUACUGCUUGGAUGGGAGACUACCUCUCUCAUCCCAUGUAUGCUGGUUCAGAGAACCCCAUGUAUGUUGCUUCAAGCUCCACCAUGUAAGAAGGGUGGGAUAAAAAAAAAAAAGUAAUACAUUUAUCUGACCCUCAUUCCAUGGUAGAGCUAAUGGCAGCAUAUAUAGAGGCUAUCCCCACAAUCAUGGAAAGCAGAUUAAGGGAGCUUAGCCUGCUUUUCAGUGAUCAUGGGAACCACCAGGCUCAUGGGCGAGCCCGGUGCUCCCAGGGCAGCUAGCCUGCCUAAAACACCCUCCCCUUAAACGAGGUCAAUGGAGCAGGUGCUCCGUUAAUCUCAUUUCCCUGCUCAUGUGCCGCUGCGGCAUGCGGUGACACACAGACCCUCCAUCGGGAGGCUACAAGCAGCCUCCACCAGAAUGUCCCCCCAGAAUGCCCUGCGCACUCAGAUGGAGCAUCCUAGGACUUCCGGGGGACAAGCAGCUCCUGAUUCCCGCAGCCCUCACUGGCUCCAUGAUGGAGCCGGCAGUCAUGUGGGUGGCCGAUUCGGCUGCCCAGUGCUGCACGACUGCUCGUCUGCAGGGAGAGCUAGCCCACAGAACCCUGCCAGGCUCUACACACAGAUCGUGUGUAGAGCCUCAUAGAAUUCCUAAUACUCUGUAAAAGUUACUGAGGAGGGCAUGCCUUACUUCUUUACUGGCUAUAUGUCCACAUGACAUGCAGAAGCAUUGCCAUGUGGCCAUCAUAUAACUGAAGCAGCCUUCUUUGCGAAUGAGUAAAAUAACUGAGGGCUAGAGUGAUAUUUGUUAAAACAGGCAAUGUAUGAACAGAGCCUUACAGUUACUGAGGCGAAAAGAAUAUUCAAAAUUCAAUCCCGAAGGAGGAACUAGGGUCCUACAUUUAAGAUCUACUGGGUCUUUACAGGCAGUUGUCACACGAUUGCGGUUCUCUUCGUAGCAAACUAGGCUGGGUUGUGGUUUUUUUAAAAACUGGAACUAACUUUAGCUUGCACAGCGUCACAAUGCUGAUUGGUGAUUAAUGGAACAUAUUUUGCCAAAUGGAAGAUGUCUUCAGGUAAUACAAUUAGUCUGCCAGAGGAUAAUUAAACUGACAUACCUUUAUCAACUGAGAAGCAAUCAAACUGUGCAGCACCUGUCAGAUAGCCAUCAUGCUUAUCUGAUAAAAGAGUUGUAUUCACAUCCUUGUUCACUUUUGAUAAAAGCCUUUGAUAAAAGACUAUUCACAUUC